UCCACGUCCACAUCGGUCAACAAUCACCAGUAUCCCCAGUAUCCUGGACAUCACAGAAUAUCCACCGCCAGCAUGGCAAGUAUGGCUAACCACGACCGCGCAUCCACACAGCCCACCUGCCAGAACUGCGGCACCUCGACAACUCCGCUAUGGCGCCGAGACGAGACGGGCGCCGUGCUCUGCAAUGCUUGCGGCCUCUUCCUCAAGCUCCACGGGCGGCCCAGGCCGAUCUCGCUCAAGACAGACGUGAUCAAGAGCCGCAAUCGCGUCAAGACGAUGAGACCCGACCUUGCAAAGCAAAAGAAGGCGCAGGCCCAACAGCAUGCGAAUCUCCCCCAGCCGGGCGACGUGGGCGGACAAGAUCUCGGCGUCGGCAACGGCGCAACCGGCGUCCGCAGGACCUCGCAAAAGUCGGCCAACGGCGCGAUUGACGACGCGAACUCCCCGAUUUCCCGCACCGGAACGCCCAGCCUCUAUGCUUCGCACAUCGCCCCGAUCUACCAGAACAUCGACGAACAGUUCCAGGCUCAGCACCUGUCUGGCUUUGGCGGGCCCGAUGGCCACGCCCCGUCUCCCAUGAACGGCGACCGGCUGGAUAUGCCACAAACACAUGAGCAGCUUCUGGCGGCAAAUGCCAGUCUGAAGACGCGGGUCAGCGAGCUCGAGGUGAUCCAGCAACUGUACCACGGAAGGAUCCAGCAGCUGGAACAAGAGGAGGCCAGCCGGCAGGCGCGAGAGAAGAACAGCUCCGAGGCCGAGGUGCAGCUGCGGGCCCAGCUGGAGACCAUGAGCAAGGCGCACGCCCAGCUGCAGAACGAGCUGGAGGAGAGUCACCGGAGAGAGAACAUGCUUAAGCGGCGCCUCGACGAGCUUGAGGUCGAGCUCAGCCAGGCCAAGGAGGCUCUCCAAGUCCACGAGAGUGGCCGGGCCAAGAAGGCCCGUGUCGAAGAGCCUGCAACGAGCACGGACGAGACUGCACCAAGCCCGCAACCGGCCUCAUAGCAGACAUCCAGUUUGUCCUAUGCCGCGCUGCGAUUGGCCUGAUGUGGCAGCUGCGGCCAGAUCUGAUGUUGGCCCUUGUGUUUCUCAGCUUUGAACGGGUCUCACAAAAGGAAGCAGUGAAAUCGUCGGAUGGCUGGUUUGGAGCGGGGGUAUUCUUUUCCUACACCCUUCCGUUCUCUUUAUCAGUGGCUUUGUUACGGGAAAAAGCCCGACCUUGCGUUUCGGGCACAAUCAACGGGAGAGAUUGAAGAGCUGCGUCGGGGCUCUCUGGAGAGGCAGGACUACAGGACGGGCUGGGCGGAGUUGUUGGAGUACGGCGAGCAUGAGUGCUAUGAGAUGGGGUUAUAACAGGAAGCAUUAAGGGAAAAUUCCGGGACGGGAAAACCAAAAAAAGUCUUGGUGUGUCAGUGGUGAUACCGAGUAUACUUUCUAAUGCCUCAAUCGAGAGUUCUUCAACGC